UAUAUAAGAUUGACAACAUGGUUGUUGUUGUCAAAUAUAUAAAUUGAUAUAAAUAAUGCUAGCUUGUAAUCACGCUUCUAUAAUGUAAUUUGACUAUAGCAACAAACGUAUUGGUUGUUAUAUUAAAAUUAGAAAUUUAGACUUAUUUUACCAUGUAGAAAAUAUAAAUCUUUUACAAACAGCUUACAUUUAAGAUUUCAUCAUGAAGAAAGAACGAACAGGCGACAAUUGUCGUCCUUUCAAAUUAGCCCAUCAAAUUUUAAGUUUAACUGGCAUUAGUUUUGAGAGGAGAAGUGUCAUUGGCUUUGUCGAAUUGACUAUUGUACCAUUAAAAGAUAACCUAAGAUACAUUCGCCUGAAUGCAAAACAAUGUCGUAUAUACAGAGUGUGCUUAAAUGACCAAUAUGAAGCAAACUUUCAAUAUUUUGAUCCUUUUCUGGACAUUUGUCAGAGUGAUCCUAAUACGAGAUCACUAGAAGCAUUCUCCCAGUACCAUUUAGCUGCUGCACAGAAAAUCGACCCUGAUCAUAACUCUGGAGAACUGCACAUACAAGUGCCCGAUGAUGCAGCACAUUUGGUGGGAGAGGGGCGGGGACUUAGGAUUGGGAUAGAGUUCUCAUUGGAGUCUCCGCAAGGUGGAAUGCAUUUUGUUGUUCCUGAAGGUGAAGGAAGUUUGACUGAGAAAUCAGCUCAUAUGUUCACAUACGGCCAUUCGGCUAGACUCUGGUUUCCAUGUGUGGACAGUUUUGCCGAACCUUGUACUUGGAAACUUGAGUUUACUGUUGACGAAUGUUUGACUGCAGUGUCUUGUGGAGAGCUGCUAGAUGUGGUUUAUACACCUGACCAUAGACGUAAAACGUUUCAUUACGUUGUGAACACACCAGCAUGUGCACCAAAUAUAGCUUUGGCUAUUGGACCUUUCGAAACCUAUGUGGAUCCAUUUAUGAAUGAAGUGACCCAUUACUGCUUGCCAAAUCUGCUUCAAAUACUCAAAAAUACUGUACGGUAUCUACAUGAAGCUUUUGAAUUCUAUGAAGAAACACUGUCCACUAGAUAUCCGUAUCCUUGUUAUAAACAGGUUUUUGUGGAUGAAACAGAAGAUGACGCCACAGCAUAUACAACAAUGUCAAUAUUAAGCACGCAUUUACUGCAUUCAAUUGCUAUAAUUGACCAAACCUACAUCAGUCGUAAGGCAAUGGCUCAAGCAGUUGCUGAACAAUUUUUUGGCUGUUUCAUUACUAUGCAAAAUUGGUCCGACUUGUGGUUGGCUAAAGGAAUACCGGAGUAUUUAUGUGGACUUUAUUCAAAAAAAUGUUUCGGAAAUAAUGAAUAUAGAUAUUGGAUACAUCAAGAGUUGCAAGAAGUGGUGGGCUAUGAAGAACAAUAUGGUGGAAUGGUUCUCGAUCCAUGGCAGCCUCCAGUUAGUGGUGCCCGAGUGGAACCGAAAGAUAUGUUCUAUUUUCCCGUUAGAAAUGUACAUACGAUGUCUCCAAGAUACAUUGAGAUAAUGCGGAAGAAAUCUCACUUAGUUUUAAGAAUGUUGGAACAACGUAUUGGCCAAGAAUUGCUUCUUCAAGUCUUCAAUAAACAAUUAUCGUUGGCAACUAACGCGGCCAACACCAAGAUCGGUAGCGGUUUAUGGGGACAUCUGUUACUUUCAACUAAUUUAUUUGUGAAAGCCAUAUUCACUGUUACUGGGAAAGAUAUGGCAGUGUUUGUUGACCAAUGGGUGCGGACGGGUGGUCAUGCGAAAUUCCAACUUACUUCAGUUUUCAACAGAAAGAGGAAUACGGUCGAAUUGGAAAUUCGUCAGGAUUGCGUGCACGAGCGUGGUAUUAGGAAAUAUGUGGGGCCUUUAUUAGUUCAACUGCAGGAGUUAGACGGGACGUUCAAACAUACCUUGCAAAUUGAGAACAUCGUGGUGAAAGCUGACAUAACAUGUCACAGCAAGAGUCGACGUAAUAAGAAAAAGAAAAUCCCCCUGUGUACUGGCGAAGAAGUCGAUAUGGAUCUUUCAGCUAUGGACGAUUCGCCAGUACUAUGGAUCCGUCUCGACCCAGAGAUGUCACUACUACGAAGCACAGUGAUAUCCCAACCAGACUACCAGUGGCAGUAUCAACUACGUCACGAGCGUGACGUCACUGCUCAAAGCGAGGCCAUUGACGCCCUCCACAACUACCCGGAACCCGCUACCAGAAAGGCCCUGACGGAUACAAUUGAAAACGAACAGACAUAUUACAAGAUUAGAUGCCGAGCAGCUCACUGUUUGACUAAAGUAGCCAACGCCAUGAUAAGCUCGUGGGCUGGACCGCCGGCCAUGCUGACGAUCUUCCGCAAGAUGUUCGGCUCGUUCUCCGCGCCUCACAUCAUCAAACAGAACAACUUCGACAACCUGCAACACUACUUCCUUCAGAAGACAAUCCCCGUUGCUAUGGCUGGCUUAAGAAACAUUCACGGCAUAUGUCCUCCGGAAGUAGUACGAUUUCUGUUAGAUCUCUUCAAGUACAAUGAUAAUUCAAAGAAUCAUUUCUCUGAUAACUACUACAAAGCGGCUCUCGUUGAUGCCUUGGCUGCUACUAUUACGCCUGUAAUAUCUGUUUUACAACCUGGUGCACCAAUAACAGCAGAUUCAUUAUCGGCUGAUACUCGACUGGUUUUAGAAGAAAUAACUCGAGUGCUAAACUUAGAGAAAGUUUUGCCAUGCUACAAGAACACGGUGACAGUGAGUUGCUUGCGAGCGAUACGUAGACUGCAGCAGUGUGGACACUUACCGAGCAUACCCACUAUUUUCAGAGCGUAUGCGGAAUAUGGACAGUAUAUAGACGUGCGGCUGGCGGCGUUCGAGUGCCUGGUGGACUUCGUGCGCGUGGACGGCAAGCCCGAGGACCUGUCGUCGCUGCUGACGGCGGUGGAGAACGACCCCGAGCCCGGCGUGCGCCACGGCCUGGCGCGCCUGCUGGUGGCCAUGCCGCCCUUCGAGCGCGCCGCGCGCCACCGCCUCGACACCGAGGCCGUCGUGCACAGGUUGUGGAACAACAUAAACAGUCAAUUAUCGAAUGACGCAAGGCUAAGAUGUGAUCUUGUAGAUCUUUAUUACACUUUAUACGGUCUAAAACGACCUUUAUGUGUACCUCUACCAGAGAUUCAGGCUAUGAUGAAACAAAUGCAUCACAAAGAAAGAGAGAGACUUGAUCGGGAAAGAGAAAGAGUGGAAAGAGAAAAAGAUAGACAGAGGGAAAUUGAGAUGAAACCUGUUAUCAAGCAAGAGAUAGAAGACGUUCCCAUAAAGACUGAGCUAGAUGUUGGCCCGUUGGAUGAGACCCCGUUGGACGGUGCCAAGGAUAAUGUGCUUCCCAUACCGAUAUCAAGCAUCAAGGAGGAAGAUGACAAAAUAGACGUGAUGUCUGUACAAGAUCUGCCUGUUAGAGUUUACAGCGAUGACGCAAAAAGGGAAUUCAUAUCAGAUAAUGCGGUACCCCUACCGGGCAUUCCUGGUACUUCCGGUCCAAUUGGCUUCGAGCCAGGCAUGUUUAGACAUGACAAAGAUGAUUUAGGAGCGCCUAAAGCGAAGAAAAAGAAGAAGGACAAAAAGAAGCACAAACACAAGCACAAACAUAAACACAGCAAAGACAAAUCCAAAGAACAUAAAGACAAAGAUAAGCCCUUCCCAACCCACCCUCCUUCCUCUACAGAUCAUUUGAAAAUAAAAGAGGAGACUCGGGAAACAUUAAGUUCUUUCAGUUCGAGUCAAAGUCCGUCUGAAGAUAUAUCUUCUAUGCCGUCUAAUAUGAGUUUUUAAUAUUUAAAAAAAUCGCAUUUAUUUUUCAUGUUUCAACUAAAUACUAUUGGUAUUUAUUGAAGAAUGUGAUGAUGACUUAUUAUAAAAAAAAAAAAAAAAAAAACUGUCCAGGUCAAACCGCAGACAAUGAAAUGUAUGAAUGCUUAUUCUUUUUUUGAGAUUUUUUUUUGUUCAACAUUGUUAAGGUGUCUUUUGUAUCUGGAUGUUUCGUAUUAAAAAACAUAAUAAAACAUAAUAAAUAUUAACUAUAAUUUUUUCAAA